AUCUUCACAUUAAGUUAAUGAAAUAGAAUUUAAGAACAAAAAUAAUAAUAAAAAUUAGAAAUCUCACAAAGCCAAAAUCAAUGCGGCUUCCGUAAGCCGAGGAAUAAAUAUUUAAAGACCGUCUUCGCCUUGUAUCAGAAAAGGCGUAAUUUUCGAAGAAUAAAAUCAGCAGAAAAUUAAAUAGAAAAAUCAGGAUGGUGAAUCUUUCACUGAAGAUCGAAAUUAAAAGCAAAAAUGUCGUCAAAACUAUGCAGUUUGAUCCUGCCUGCAUUGUUUACGAUGCCUGUAGAAUUAUCAGAGAGAAAACGCCUGAAGCUCAAGUAGGACAAGCUCAAGAUUUCAGUUUAUUUCUGUCUGAUAAAGACCCAAAGAAAGGGGUUUGGCUUGAAUCUAGAAGGCCAUUGGAAUAUUAUCUGCUCAGAGAUGGGGAUAUAUUGGAAUAUAAGCAAAAACAGAGGCCGCUCAAAGUACAAACUUUGGACGCCAGUAUCAAGACUGUUAUGAUUGAUGACAGCAACACAGUAGGACAAUUGAUGGUCACUAUAUGCACCAGGCUAGGUAUUGUGAAUCACGAGGAAUACUCUCUCGUAAGAGAUGUUGCAACCGACGAUGGAGCUAACCAGAAAAAGAGCGGAGGAACAUUGCUUCGAGGUGACACUGACAGAAAAUUUGAAACACUGAAAAAGAAACUUCAUACAGAUGAUGAAUUGAACUGGUUGAAUCAUGGACAAACUUUACGAGAGCAAGGUGUUGAGGAACUGGAAACCCUCAUUUUGCGACGAAAAUAUUUCUAUUCUGAUCAAAAUGUUGAUUCUCGUGAUCCGAUCCAACUCAAUUUACUUUACGUUCAAUGUCGAGAUGGAAUUAUCAAAGGACAAUACCCAGUUAGUGAAAAAGAUGCCACGACAUUUGCGGCGUACCAAUGUCAAAUUCAAUUUGGGGUUCAUAAUGAGAAAAAACAUAAACCAGGAUAUCUCGAGCUGAAGGAAUUCUUACCAAAAGAAUACGUCAAAGCUCGUGGCCUCGAAAAGAAAAUUUUUAUGGAACAUAAGACACUCGGACAAAUCAAUGAAAUGGACGCUAAAUCACAAUAUGUCAAAAGAUGUAGAGGAUUGAAAACAUACGGUGUAACUUUCUUUUUAGUCAAAGAAAAAAUGUCAGGACGUAACAAGCUUGUACCACGUUUGUUCGGGGUUACAAGAGAAUGUGUAAUGAGGGUCGACGAACGCACCAAAGAUGUCAUGAAAAUUUGGCCUUUGACCUCCGUCAAAAGAUGGGCAGCAUCACCAAAGUCUUUCACAUUGGAUUUUGGUGAUUAUCAAGAAGGCUUUUACAGUGUUCAGACAACAGAGGGUGAACAAAUCGCUCAACUCAUUGCGGGUUACAUCGACAUCAUUCUGAAGAAAAGAUCGGCAAAAGAUUCGUUCGGUCCAGAUGGAGAUGAAGAAGCAAUGAUGGUAGAAGAUAGUGUUUCACCCCUAAGAGCUCAUUACAUGGCCCACCAUUCCGGGACUCAAAGUCAAAUGCGACAAGGUAAUGUUGCAGUACCAGGAAUCAUUGGAUCGUCAUCAGCUCAUCCUGAUCGUUAUUCAAUGGGUGCCGUACAAGGAGCUUCACACGGAACGAAACAUAGUAACUUGAGUUACGGUGGACAGCCUUUGACAGCUGCGCAGCAAGCUUUUAUGGGAAACAUUGAACUUGGUUACAACGCAGUACAGGCAGCACAAGAUGAUUUAGACGGAAAAAGUGAACUUCCGCCACUAGGAUCCGAUGCUGCUGCAAAACAAUGGAGACAAAAUGCUUUGGAAGAAAAUCGUCACAACAUACAAUCCAAUCUGGCAGCCAUUGAUGCAGCUACUGCAACUGUGAUAACACAGACUUCAGACCCACAAUCAACUGACUAUACCACAGUUGGUUCUGCUGUUACAACAAUCUCAUCAAAUUUAAGCGAAAUGACCAAAGGAUUGAAAUUAAUGGCUGCUCUGUUAGAAGAUGACAACAUAGGUGACAAUCUUCUGAAGGCUGCAAAAGAUCUGACAGCAGCCAUCAAUGAUUUAUUAAAUGCGGCGAAACCUUACAGUGACGAACCUAGACAAAAUCUUUUAGGAGCUGCUGGAAAAAUUGGUGACGCCAGUCAUGAAAUUUUAAAAUAUAUUGGAGAUGGAAACGACCAGGAAUUUCAGGAUACUCUCAUGAAUUUGGCGAAAGCGGUGGCAAACGCGACAGCCGCUCUUGUUCUGCAAGCAAAAAUGGUGGCAAGUAAAAGUGAGGAUCAACCGACUCAAAAUCGUGUUAUUGCCAGCGCUACACAAUGUGCUCUUUCCACUUCUCAGCUUGUUGCGUGCACAAAGGUUGUUGCUCCGACUAUCAGCAAUCCUGCUUGUCAAGAUCAGUUGAUUGAAGCAGCCAGAGACGUUUCUCGUGCAGUAGAUGGAUGUGUCGAUUCCUCACAUCUUGCAACAAGCGAUCAAAAUCUUCUUCGAGAGUUGGCUAAAGCAGCUACAGAUGUUUCUCGUCAAUUGAACCGUCUCAUCGAUCAUAUUAAACUCGGAGGCGAUGGAGAAGCUGGACAUUAUGAUGAUGCUUGCGAUACUAUCUUAAACGCAACCGAUAAAUUGUGCAGUAGCAUGGGGAACGCUGCAGAAAUGGUGAAGCAAGCUAGAGUAUUAGGGCAGGCGACCUCUGACCUUGUCAACAUGUUGAAACUUGAAGCAGAAACUGAAUCUGAUGACGAUAGACAGAAAAGAUUACUUGCCGCUGCUAAGUUACUCGCUGAUGCCACUGCUAAAAUGGUGGAAGCAGCAAAGGGUGCGGCCAGCAACCCUCACGAUUCCCAGCAACAACAACGAUUGAAACAAGCGGCCGAAAAUCUUCGAUCUGCAACAAACUCCGCAGCACAAAAUGCACUUCGCAAAAAAUUGAUGAGGAAAUUGGAAGCUGCUGCAAGACAAGCUGCAGCAUCUGCAACACAAACUAUAGCAGCAGCACAUUCAGCAGAUCAAUAUAACACCAACAAGUCGAGCCAACAUGCGCUUAUCGCACAGAGCAAGGCACUUCAAGAGCAAAUUCCUGGUUUAGUCCAAGCGAUCCGGGCAAGUAUGCAAGAUCAAGAAAAUCCAGCAGCUCAACAACAACUCAUCAAUGCUUCUACUGAUUUUGUACAACCUGGCAGUAAAAUGGUCGCAUCUUCAAAAGCUGUUGUACCAACAAUCUCUGAUCAAGCAACUGCUUUACAACUUACUAACUUCACUAAGAAACUAGCAACUGCCAUUGCAGAACUAAAGACAGCUACAUUGAAGGCUUCUGAAGUUUGCGGACCCAGUGAAAUUGACACUGCCUUAGAAACAGUUCGUGCUUUGGAUCAACAAUUGUCGGAAUAUUGUAAUGACGCUCAUGCUAGAAAUCUUCUGCCACUUCCGGGACAAACUAUGGCUAGUUGUGCACAGGAACUUGGAGCUACUUCAAAGAGUGUUGGAGGAUCUAUGGCACAACUCUUGACUGCUGCUGCACAGGGCAAUGAAGACUACACAGGUGCAGCCGCUCGUGACACUGCCACCGCUUUGAAAACAUUAGCGAAAGCAGCUCGAGGUGUUGCAGCCAAUACCCAGGAUUUGAACGGACAAUUGCAUCUUCUUGGUACUGCCCGAGACGUCAUGGAUAAAUCUCAAAAUCUUAUGGUGGAAGCUAAAAAAGCUGUUGAAGAUCCUGAUAACCCAGAGAAUCAACAGAGAUUGGCUCAAGUUGCUAAAGCAGUAUCUCAUGCUCUCAACAAUUGCAUCAACUGUCUCCCUGGGCAACGUGAUGUCGACGAAGCAUUGAAAAAUAUCGCAGAAACAAGCAAAAAACUCCUUUCCAGUCAGUAUAUCAAUGGAAUUCUGUCAACAAACGUAGGUCAAAUGGGUCUACAUUCAGGGAUUCAAACUUCAUCUCGCAACUUCCAAGGGGCACAAUCCGGUCUAAAUCACGCUGCUGAAGAACUGAACAUCGCAGCUAGUGAUUUGGUCGGGGCAUCUCGUAAUUCACCAGAAGAAUUAUCACACGCUAGUCAAAACUAUACUUCAAAAUUUGCAAUGCUAUUGAACGCCGGAAUGAAUAUGGCUGGACAUUCAAAGGACAAAGAAGACCAGAGUGAAGUUGUCAGUAAUUUGAAGACUAUUUCUAUGUCAUCCAGUAAAUUGUUACUCGGCGCAAAAGCAUUAUCUGCCGAUCCAGGAGCUCCUAAUGCGAAGAAUCAACUUGCUGCUGCAGCGAGAGCUGUCACUGAAAGCAUCAACAACUUGAUAACACAUUGUACAAAGACUGCACCAGGACAAAAGGAAUGUGAUAAUGCAUUGAGACAACUUAAUACUGUCAAAGGUUUGCUUGAGAAUCCGAACGAGCCAGUGAAUGAUUUCUCGUAUUUCGAUUGCCUCGAGAGUGUUAUGGAAAAUUCAAAAGGACUCGGUGAAUCGUUGAGUGGAAUCUCUCAACAUGCAAAAAAUAGCAAACUGGAAGAGUUUGGGGAAUCAGUAACUAAUGCAUCAAAGGCUUUGUGUGGACUUACAGAAGCAGCAGCACAGGCUGCCUAUCUUGUUGGAAUAUCAGAUCCAAAUAGUGAAGCUGGCACUGCUGGACUUGUUGAUCAAACACAAUUCGCAAGAGCAAAUCAAGCAAUUCAAAUGGCUUGCGAAAGUCUCGUCGAUCCAUCGAGCAAUCAAUCUCAAGUUUUGUCUGCAGCCACUAUCGUUGCAAAGCACACUUCCGCUCUCUGCAACGUAUGUCGUAUUGCUUCUUCCAAGACCUCGAACGCUGUCGCACGAAAACAUUUUGUGCAAUCAGCGAAAGAAGUUGCCAACAGCACUGCCAAUCUCGUCAAGUCCAUCAAGGCUCUUGACGGAGAUUUCUCAGAGGGAAACAGAGCAAAUUGUGCCGGCGCGACAAAGCCACUCAUCGAAGCUGUUGAAAAUCUAACAACAUUUGCUUCCAACCCAGAAUUCGCAAGUGUACCGGCUAAAAUUAGUGAGGAAGCUCGUGAAGCGCAAGCCCCAAUUAUUGAAUCAGCUGCUCAGAUGCUGGACAGCUCGAGCGAGUUGAUAAAAACAGCAAGAAAACUCGCAAAUAAUCCAAAAGAUCCUCCGACCUGGCAAGUUCUCAGCGGACAUUCGCGCGUUGUCUCAGACUCCAUCAAAAAACUUGUGUCAUCCAUAAGGGACAAGGCACCAGGACAAAUAGAAUGUGAUGAUGCUAUCGAUUCCAUCAAUCAAGCCAUACGUGAUCUCAACAAUGCAUCUCUAUCUGUUAUGAGCCAAAGUCUGCCUCUUAGAGACGAUAACACCAUGAAAGGCUUCCAAGAAAAGGUUGUUAACACAGUUAAUGAGAUUGGAACUUGCGUUGACCCGCUUGUACAUGCUGCUAAAGGAGAUGCAUCUCAACUAGGACACAAGGUUGCUCAAAUUGCCAACUACUUCGAGCCUCUCGUCAAUGGCACUAUCGGUGCAGCUUCAAACUCACAGAAUCAUCAAAGGCAAAUGGACAUUCUAGAAUACAGUAAAACACUCGCAGAAUCUGCUCUCCAACUUAUGUAUGCUGCAAAAGAAGGAGGUGGAAAUCCCAAGGAUCUUCAACUUCACAUGCAUAAUAAUUCUAUCGGAGAAUUUAUUCGACACGACCCCAACGGUCCUAAACUGUCAACUGAGCUGAUCGCAAGUCAUCAAUAUAAACAGGCGACCAACACCCAUCAAGCGAUAGAUGAGGCUGCGGAAGGAAUGAAAGAAGCAAUAGAAGAUUUAUUGAAAUCGGUCGAAGAAGCGCCCGAAGCUCUUGUUUCUGGAAUGGUUGAUUCUAUCAAUAAAGCUGUUUCAGAUGUUGAUCAGCCUUCUGACUAUGAAGAAGGAAGCUUUGCCGAAUUCCAAACACGAAUGGUAAAAACUGCUAAAGCAAUUGCUACAGUCAGUAAAGAAAUGGUGAGUUCGGCCGUUGUAAAACCAGAGGAUCUCGGACCUCAAGCGAAAGAAUUGACUCAAGAAUUCACAACACUUGCUAAUGACAGCAAGGGAGCCAUUGCAUUUGCUGACACAGAUGACGUUGCUCAUCAAAUUAAGAACAGUGUUUCGGAACUCGGUAAAUCUUGCAUUGAUUUAGUAUCGGCAUCUGGUGCCGUACAAAGUGAUCCGAGAGAUCCUUACUCUAAAAAAGAACUCACUCAAAAAUCGAGAGGAGUUGUUGAGAAGGUCUCUUUUGUUCUCGCUUCAUUGCAAGCUGGAGCACGAGGUACUCAAGCAUGUAUCAAUGCACAUUCUGCCGUACAAGCCAUCAUAGGAGAUCUCGAUACCACUAUCAUGUUUGCCACAGCAGGCACAUUGAAUUCUGAAAAUGAAGCAGAAACAUUUGCUGAUUACAGAGAAAAAAUACUGACAACAGCCAAGGCCCUUGUGGAAGACACCAAAAAACUUGUAUCAGGAGCUGCACACAGUCAAGAAAUGCUUGCUGGGGCUGCUGGAUCAGCUUCUGGCACUAUUACCAAAUUGGCAGACAUUGUUAAACUUGGAGCAGCCAGUCUCGGAGCUGAUGAUCCUGAUACUCAAGUCGUUCUGAUCAACGCUGUUCGAGAUGUAGCGUCAGCACUAGAUGAUUUAAUAACUGCCACAAAGAAUGCUUCUGGAAAAUCUGCACAAGAUAAUGCCAUGUUCCAUCUGAAGGCAUCUGCAAAAGCUAUGGUGACCAAUGUUACGUCGCUUCUCAAAACAGUCAAAGCAGUUGAAGAUGAAGCAGCAAAAGGACCACGAGCUCUCGAACAGACUAUUCAUGCCAUCAAAACUGAAUCUAGGACACUCAUGUCUGUGGAUGGAGAAGAACAAAGAGCAUUACCCGAGGAACUCAUUCAUGCCACAAAACCAAUUACCAGUGCCACAGCAAAAGCUGUCGCGGCAGGAAAAUCAUGCAAACAAGAAGAUAUGGUUGUGGCAGCAAAUAUGGGACGCAAAGCUGUUGUUGAUAUGAUCUAUAAAUGCAGGGCAACUGCAGCUAAUACAGAAAACGGAGAACAGUUAUCAUCUACACUUCAACUGGGUCGCGGUGUGGCGGAAUCUUACGGCAAACUUUUGUCAAAUGUUCUGGCCAUUUCCCAACAACCAAAUAACCAGGAAUUGAAGCAAAACCUUGGAGCUUAUUCAAAAAAUGUUGCCAUUUCUGUCAGCAAUCUCGUAAGAUUCUCCGAAUCCAUGAAAGGGCCAGACUGGGUCGAUCCUAAUGAUCCAAACGUUAUCGCUGAACAAGAACUUCUUGCUGCUGCAGCAUCUAUUGAAGCAGCUGCAAAGAAACUCGCUUUGUUGCGACCAAGAAAGAAGCCAAAGCAAGCAGACGAAAGUCUUAACUUUGAAGAACAAAUUCUGGAAGCUGCAAAAUCUAUUGCAACUGCUACUACUGCACUGGUCAAAGCGGCCUCUGCUGCACAGAAGGAACUUGUGCUUCAAGGAAAGGUUGGUUCAGUUCCAGAAAUGCGUCACGAUGACGGUCAAUGGUCCUCAGGUUUAAUUUCAGCCGCACAAACUGUUGCCCAAGCGACAGGUAAUUUGUGUGAAGCUGCUAACCAAGCUGUACAAGGAGAAGCAAGUGAAGAAAAACUUGUCAGCUCUGCGAAACAAGUCGCUGCAUCAACUGCUCAACUUUUGGUCGCUUGUAAAGUAAAAGCUGACCCGAACAGUGAAAACAUGAAACGAUUACAGAUUGCCGGCAAUGCUGUAAAACACGCAUCAGAAGACUUGGUGAACGCGGCACGAGAAGCGUCAUCAUUUGAAGAAACCGUAAAUUCAGAAGUCGUCAUCGAUUCGCGAAGGGUCGGCGGAAUUGCACAAGAAAUGAUGGCUCAAGAAGAGAUUUUGAGAAAGGAGAGAGAACUGAACGCUGCGAGAGAAAAACUCGCCCAAAUUAGGAGAAUGCGUUACAAAGAUCAAUCUGAUUCUGACUAACCAAAAUCGAAAAAACUACAAGGUUGCAAGACUAACAACAGUAUCUCAAACACGAGAGAAAUGCGCCAGCUUCCCAUGUAGUGCAUUUGUAAAUUAAAUCUCAAUACAUACACCGACAAGAAAUCAUGUCGACGCGCUCACUCAGUGUUGAAUAUAAAAUUGUAAAUGAGAAAAACCCGAUUUUGUGUAUUAUUGUAUAAAUUUUGUACAUAGGCAUGUGCAAUGAGCCCACAAAAUAUGUUUUUUUUAAUUUUGAACUUAAAAAUACGUGAUAUAAUUUUUUGAUUCAAUGUGCUGCUCGAAAUAACAAUAUUAAAAUUUCAAAUUAUCAUUUAUCAGGAUUAUUUCUUAAUUGCAAGAAAUGCGUUGUUUUGCAAAUUGUGUGAUGAAAAAUAUUAAUGAAACAUUCACAUGCCUGCCCCAAAUUUAGUGCAUUUUCUAAAAUAUUUUUCAAACGUUUUUUAUUUUUGUUUGUCUUGAAACCAAACAGUCCUAUUACAAGUGAAUAUCUAUUGGAAAAUUUUUUCAUAUCAAAAAUUAUUCUUGCAAAUUUGGUCCGUAGAUAAAACCGACUUUGCCAGUUUCUUUCAUCUAUGGUUCAUCUUCGAUCGUGUAUAAAUCGAAUAAUUUUUGAUAUGGUUGAUAAUCAUUGUAAAGCGAAUACUAAUUUUGAUUGUUUUUCUCAAUAUUAACCAUGAAAUGAAUUAAAACUAAUUAAAUGUAUGAUACAAUGAUCAUUAUGAUAACCUUUUUGUGUAGCCUUUUUUUCAAACUUUCGCUAUUUUUUCUGCCUUAUAAAAUUAAAUUGUCGUUGUUUACAUGUUGAAAAAGACGUGGAAACGAGUGUUUACGUGUUUACGAAAUUUCGCGCAAAAAUUAGUAUUAUCUGGAUAUCGAAAUUCUUAUUAUUUUUUGUAUUUUUUAACAAUUUUUCAAUCCAUGUUUGUGCUGCUCCAAAAAUAAGUUGUUCCAUCUUUUAUAUUCGCAAAACCAAAAAAGCCUGGUGAAAUGGGUCAGUUGUAUCAAUAUCAACUAUGGAAUUGAAGUUGUUCCUGUGUCUUUAUGUAAUUUUGACUCAGAAUUUUGAGUUUUUUUCCGAUUGUACCACUCCAUGUUCUCUUUUAUUUGCAAACCCAUAGAUGCACAAUAUUGGCUGUCAUGCGUGGCCGCAUAAAACUGGUAGAUAUUCUCUUAGACCACAGUAUUGCGCUGUAGAAGUGAUCCAUUCGUCGCAAGUGCGCGGAAUGAUUGUUAAACAUUUCGACACGCCGUUUUUAAGCUAAUGUGUAUUGCCUAUCUAUGACCGUAUAUUAAAUAUCUAUUCUCUCUAUAUAUAUAUUUGGCCAGGGAAAUUAAAAUGACAUAAACAGAA